CAUCCUCGUCUCCACACCUCGUCCAAGAAGACAUCUGUGAAGAACUGCCAUCUUUAUUCUUUUGGAACCAGCCUUGGCCUCACUCCACAUCCCAGCAUGUAUUUUGCAUUCAUUGGCAUGAUGGCACUUCUUGGUUUUUCGAAGACGACUGCAUUUGUCUUGCAUCCAUCCAAUGAGGAGCCUACAGUCCCUGCUAUUUCUUCAUUGUCUCAUCAAAGGUGCAAGGACGAGUCAUUGCAGUCGGUCAGGAAGGGUCUCCUUAGGGCUCUCAACCUGCAGGCUGAGCCACAGCUGCCUGCUGGUGGGAUAGAUAGCAUCCGUGAGCAGUGGCAGAGAACAAUCGGCUUCAUUCCUCAAGCUGCAAAAAAGACGGCACCAGCCACUGAUUACUCUGUAUCGCAUGACAGUGGAAACAGAACAGGCCUGAAGUGUUGCUCUGUAGCCUCCGAGAUCUCCAUGAAAGACCUUAGCUGGGACAGCUGGGUGAUCCAUCCUUUGAGCCUGACCUUUGUUCAGUGUGCCCUGUGCAACCCUGCAGAGGGCACCGUGCAAUGUCCCUCAUCCUCCUCCGGUGUCCAAGAUGCCAGCUCACAGGAUCCUUUGCCAUGCUGCCAGCCCACUGUGCAGGAAACACUGAAUAUUGUCUACAUGGAUGAAACCGGCACCAUCGUCAUCUCCCCAAUUGAGGUGAACCGCAGCUGCGGCUGUGGUCCUGGGAACGCCCCACAGCCCAGCACAGAGUGAGCUGAAGUCUGUCCCGCAGUCUUUGGCAUGAGAUCUGGGCCACCUGGCAUAUCCAAAAUAUCUUUGUACACAGACCUGUUUUCUCAGAUGUUGAAUCACCCACCUGUACUGCCCUCUAUCUUAAAUUGUUUCUCUGUGUACUGAUCGUGGGAACCAAAGCAACGUCUCAGUUUUCAUUCCUGCUGCUCUCAUAUACCAAAAACAGAUUUGUUGAGCCUGAACGUCUUGAAAAUUAGGCCCUGCUUCUGGAAAAGACACAAUUGUGAUGUUUAAAAAAGAAACAUUACCUAGAAGAUAGGCUUAGAUGUGAAAAUAUUGUCUUUUUUUUUUCAAAUCUUAGAUUUUUCUACCUUAUUAGCUGGAAAAGAACUGUGGUUCCGAUGCCAUCUAUGUAGCUGGUGCUCUCAAGUCAUUUAUUUAUAGCUGCUAACGGUUACUCUGUGUUCCCUCUAAAAAUGUGAGAGAGAGUCUUGCCAAAUACUUGACUGGCCAGUUUUAUUUCUUAACUGAAUUGUGAGGCCACCAUGCCUUCUCAUGGGAAGGAUGUUGGUUUGUUCUCUAACCAAGGUUAGAAAAAUAAGGGUGUAAAUUUUAUAGUGCCCUGUGAAGGCUAGAUUUAAAGUCUGCAGGGCUGCAAAGCUCCCAAAUUUAUUCAUCUUUCAGAAACCUUGUAAAGUUAGGAGCCUUGGUAUUUGAAGGAGAUUUAGCAAUAAAAUAAUUGUACUAUGUACCAACAACACGUAGUAAUGUAGCACAAAGGCAAUCUAAAAUGCAAUUGUAUUUAUUCACUUAUCACUAACUACAUAAGAAUUAAGAAUUAAAUUAAAGCACCAUGUGAAUACACUUAACUUGAUCAAAUCUGAUUACGCAAACUACAAAAAGACUAACAAAAGAAACAACAACAUGAUUUUAGUCAGUACUAGGUGAUCUUUAAAAGGCAUGCAGCUUUCAAGGAAUUCUCCAUGUUUUUUAGUAUAAUUACACUGCGGUGAUGGUGCGUUCAGGAUGCUUACGGGAAAACACUCUACCAUUAAAACCUAGUUUUAAGGUUCACUUGGAUCCUAACAAUGGUCUUCACCACUGUUGCUAGAGUUAGGAUUUGACUUAAUUAAUGUAAUUUUUAAUUAUCAAAACUUUCAAGCUUAUCCUAACUGGAAAGACAGUUCUUUCUCUGUUUGAGCUCUAAUGAUAAAAAAACACCACUUGUUUUAAUAUACAUAUUCACAAAUUUUAAAUAGAUUUAAUGUUCUCUUCUGGGUACUUCUAAUAACUUCUCGAGUAGUGAUUUCUGAUUUUUAUUAUUAUUAUUUUUUUUUUUUUUCAAAAUUUUUAUUGUAUUUUUGUACUAACUUCACAAAGUUACCUCACAGUUUAUGUCUUUUUUUCCACAGUGUGCAACUACUUUUAAUAAACACAUUUAGAUCCAAUGUUUAGGACUUUGCUUCGCCUUUGAAAUCAUUUGUAUCAAUUGUGUGAUUUCCUGCCCUUGAUUAUUUCAAUAAAAAAAUUACUACAAU